AUUGACGUAAGUUGGCGAUAUAUAAGUACCGCGCCGGCACCUGCUGCGCAUUCGAAGACUGGUCUCCUUCUGGAGUGGCUAAGUGUGACGCAGAGUCCUGCAAAAACCAAAUAUGGUGUCCGCAGCUCUUGUGCUUCUCACGGUAUCGAUACUAGCAGUCCACGGGAAAAACGUGUCUACAGACGGCCCUAUAAUUCCGCCAGGAUGUGAGGGAAAGACGCUCUGUGACAUUAAACCAGCUGAUUACCCACAGGAGGAGAUCGAUAAUUACAUCAUCAAUAACCCGGAUUUCCACAAACGCCUAAAGAGGGAGUUUUUUAGUAAAAAUCUAAACCCAGUGUCGCUUGAAGAAGUUGAUAGCACUAGAGGGAACUGCCCAACGAAAUUCGAGUCCACAAAACCAUUCCAGGACUUUAAUCCAAACACCUUUCCCAAAGUAAUCGUGCAAUCUCAGUUUCACGAACAGAUAAUACAACAAGUAACAUGCAGUACAUCUUCGGAGAGUACUGAUGAGAAUCAAUGCUUUGGCGAAUUAAUAAAAGGUAGUAAUAUAAAAACUAAGUGCAUACCAAGAACCAAAAGGCAUACGUUCAUCAUAUAUGAUCCUGAAAAAGGGGACAUGGCCUUAGAAUAUGCAGAUAUUAAUGUAGAUUGCAUCUGUGCAGAAUAUGAUAAUUUUGAAUAAAAGUCGUCACGAAUCACUACCAUACAUUCCGUAAAACCAUCAGGGUUUGAACUUUUGAUACAGAUUUGCGUCACAUGAUGUGCGUUUUGCUGUCACAAUUUCUUCGUCAAUAUUUCAAGUGUUCAGAACCGACUUAAAUUUAUAAGGUUUUAUAUCCGUUUUCUUUUAAUACAUAAUUAUUAUGAUCAUUGUACCCACCUCUGUACCAAUAAAGCAUUUCAUUACUGAA